AUGUCUGAUGUAUUUAAUAGCCCUACAGCCCCAUUUGCAUCGGCUAUCAGCAGUCAUAAUGUGACUCUUAAGUGGGGGCCAGCAAAUGUCUCGGUUGUGCAGUAUGUUCCUCAGUGGACAUACUCAAACCAGCCACGAGCCUGGAGAUCAACUGAGUGUGUGUGUGGCUUCUCGUACACUGUGAGUAACCUCCUGCCUGGCACAGAGUACCAGUUCAGAGUAGUUUGGAUAAUAACAUCCCAACUAAUGCUGUAUUCCCCACAAAGCGCCACAUACACAACUACUGCUUAUGGAGUUCCUUCUAGUGCUCCUGUAUUCUAGAAUGUGGAGAGCUUGACCCCGGAGACUGUGGAAGUCAGCUGGUCUCCCCCUCCUUUCCCUGGAGGAUCAAUUGUUGGGUAUAAUUUAAAGCUCAUUAGCGUAAAGCAGGAGUUACACCGGGCUGCAGGGAGCAAUGAACUCCAAAUGCUAUUUUUCCCAACAACAGCCAACACCACUUACAGGUUAACUAUUGCGGCUGUGAAUACAGAGGGGGAAGGGCCUGGCGCAGAAAUGAACAUCACAACGCCAGCAUUGGAACCACAAGUUGAAGCGCAAUGGCUGUUUCUGUCCCGAAUGGAUUCUUUGAGGAGUACGGUUGUAGAAGAUUUGGUAUCAGCAGCAGAUUGCCUUCCAGCUAACUUAGUACAGAGCAAUAUAACGGGAAUAGCUGUGAAUUACUACUUCAAGCAAAUUUAUUUCACUGAGGGGAAUCGUAUUUGGGUCAAGGGAGCUCUCAAGUUGUCUAACACUGUUGAUCUUAAAACGGUGUAUGUUGGUUCUGAACAGAUCACAGCAAUAUCAGUGGAUUGGCUUUACCAGAAGUUAUACUUUGUCAUGGAUCGAAAGAUGUUCCUCUGUACUUUAAAAAACUGUAGCAGCCCAGAAGAUAUCACUCCUUAUCAUAGAGGUUCUCCAAAAAGAAUUAUUGCAGAUCCUUAUAAUGGGUAUAUCUUCUUACUUAUGGAUGAAGGGAUUUACAAAAUGAACCUCCCAGAGUCGUCUGCAUUAAGUAAGAAUAUCACCCUCGUUGUGAGAAGUGACUCCAUGCAAGACUUUGUUGUAGGCUACAGGUCAAAGAGAUUGAUAUAUUUUAAUGACACUGACAGAUCCAUCUCAUCUGUCUUUCUGGACGGGUCCUCGUUCUACACCAUCCGACCUCCAGUGGGCAGUAUAAACACAGUUGUAAGUCUUGCGUAUGAAGCCGACCACUUCAUGAUCACAAACGCAGAGGAAGUGUUCCACGAGACGCAGUACAGUGGUUGUUUUUUUUAUAAUACAUACAUGGUGGGCUGUGAUGAAACUCAAAUAGAAAAAUUUGGGUUUGAUAACCUACAGUUUUUUAGUGAAUCCAGUCAGCCGUAUCCAGUUCCCUUGCGCCCUAAACAACUUAAGUCAUUGUUUGGAUCUGACAUUGCUGCCCUGAACUGGGAAAAACCUGAACCUAGAAUAAGAGCAAGUCCUGCUGCUUGGCAGAAUUGGACCUAUACUGUGAGAGUUUCUGCAGAGCACUUCUCUGUAGACCAUGAGUACAAGUCUGUAGUUGACACCAUGUUCACAGUCAGGGGACUGAACACGUCCACUAAAUACAGCUUUACAGUCCAGGCUGAGUCUCCAGGAGGAAGAAGCCCAUGGUCAAAGGCCUUUGAGGGAACUACACUGAGAGAAGAUAUUGACUGGUACAAUAGCACCAUCUUCUGGAGUAACUCAGCAGGACAAGUCCACAUGAUGCCACCAGACUUUAAUGUUGUUCUGGUAUCUGGUAUACCUCAAGCCGGCUCUUUGGCUUUCGAUUGGUUGGGACAACACUUGUAUUGGGCAGGCCUUGCAUCAAAAACGAUCUACAGAACCCCACUAACCUCCAUGCAAACAGAAGUGGUUGCUCAAGUCAGCCAUCUGGUGAUAGAUUUGGUUGUUGAUUCUGUUAAUGCAUUUCUAUACUGGACUACCGCCCUUACUGUGGAAUGUGCAAGAAUGAACGGUGAAAAGCACCAAGUCUUCCAAGAACAACAUCUUUUUUCCAAUAAACAGAUAUUUGCGCUUGCAUCAGACCUGUAUCUAGGCCACUUGUACUGGAUAGUGCAGGACGGCAUGUAUUUACACUUGUACAGAGCCAAUCUCCUAAGAGAGGGGUUUGUGGACACCAGUGUUACAGAGUUUGCAGCAUGGAGUUCUUUGCGAAUAUCCCAUCAUGCAUUACAAUUCUAUAGUGGGCGGUUGUUCUGGUUGGAUGGAAGCAAUGCUCUUACUGUCCAGGAGGUAAACCAGAGCUGUAGUGUGCCUCUUUUUACAGCCACUGAACUGAGAGCAUUCACACUUGUUCACGUGUCAGUGAAACCUCUCCCAGAUGGAUAUGUCUCCACUCCUGUUGUAAUUCCACAGUCAGUACCAAUGUCAUCCAUUAGGAUUGAAGGGAAUUAUUCUAUUGCAAGGGUAGUAUGGAAUGCUUCCAGGAAUGUUGAAUAUGGUACUGUCUUCUAUUGCGUGGAAUCUGAAACUCUGCAUCUGCAUGAGAAUCAUUCAAAGAAGCAUUGUCUGCCUCCUAACGAGUUGUCAACACCAGUAUUUGAAGUUAUUGGCUUGCAACCUCACACCAAAUUUGACAUAAGUAUUACACCGUAUACCUACUGGGGAAAAGGCCAGACAACAAUGACAAUGUUACAGACACCAGAGGGAGUGGCAUCAGCCCCCAGAAGGCCCAGAAUAUUUGUAUCUUCCCAUGACAGUUUUGGGGAUGCCAAGGAUGUUCAAGUGGAAUUUCGAUGGGAUGUUCCUCAAUAUAAAAACGGAGUUAUUGUGAAAUACAGUGUUCACUAUUCUGUUCAAGCCUUGACCUCAGUUGGUCCAGGAGAGAUGUCAAACACAUCUCAAGCUAACACUUCAGUCCUCAUACCUGUGCCAAGGAUUGUGAUUGCAACAGGACACUAUAUUUCCAUCUUUGAUGUUGACCUCAAUAAGACUGUCCAGAAUGUUCCAGCCAGAGUACACUCAGCACUAAUGGCCUAUACGGCUGACAGUGGUAUGCUGUACUACAUACAAGAUGACAUACUUUUUGCUGCAAAAAUAAUUGAUGGCUCAAAGUUCCAGGUCCUGAAAGAUAGCCAGCUCCUUAAAACAACAUGUAUGACAGUAGACUGGAUUGGAAGGCGUAUAUUUAUUGCACAGGACACAACAAUGAAUACAACCCUGCUGUUUGAAAUUGAUCUGGAGCUAAAAACUAACGUGCUGAAAAAAGUUGUCAACCUAAACAGUACUGUAUUGGCACUUGCAAUGUAUCCCCUGCUGAGUUCUGCUGCAGACACCACAAUGGUUUACUAUGAUUUCACCAACAAAACUGUGCAUCAUGUUUUUAAAAGUCAGGUGGAAAGCAAUGGUACACAUUUGUCAAUCAAGAAAAAUGAGUGCAACUGUACAGAGACCAAAAUUGAGUUAGGUGCAACAAUGGCUUUAGAUACAACAGCCCUACAAAGUGACACCGUUGUUUUCACUACUCAAAUGGGUGAAAUCUGGGUGACAGACCUGGAAGGUUGUUGGUGCAAAAGAGUUAUUAGAGUCCCUUUGCAGUCGGGUGAAAUCCUUGGCAGAGUAACUGUUGAUAAGCAGUUUAUUUAUUGGACUACCUCUAUUGAUGAAAAUGUGACAAUCUAUCAAGCAGAAAAAGAAAAUGAAAACCAGAUGGCCUUAUUUACUGUGACAAAACCUGUUUCUGUUAAGGCCUACAGCCCACUCCUGCAGCCUCUCCCAGAUAAGAAUUGUCUGAUACCAGCUGCAUACACAGAAAAACCCAGAAUAUUGAAUGCUACAAACAGCAGUUUUUCUCUUGAGUUGCCCCCGUGCAGACCUCAGCUACACUGUCAGGGUGUCUCUGUUCCAACACCGACCUACCUGUUGCACUACGGGAAUCUGGAGGAUGGCAACAGCUCAUUCAGCUGCUCACAGGGGCUGCAGUGCACAGUGCUGGAGUUCCACCAAAAUAUUGUCCAUCUUAAAGGGCUCCAACCUUACUCCUUCUAUGUGGUACAAACAGCUGUGAAGAAUUACUAUGGUGGCUUUCCAGAAUUCCUUGGAGAAGCCAAUGUUGGCAAAACACUAUAUGGAACACCUGAGGCAGUCACGAACUUUACCAUCUCUGUGUUCUCGGACACUGCUGUCAACAUAUCAUGGACUGAACCUUCUCAACCCAAUGGUCCUGUUGAUAAGAUUAGAUAUCAAGCCAUUAUUAACAUAUUGGAGCAUUAUCCUCCAACACCAUUGAUGAAAACUGAAUUUCCACAACAGAGGCUAGCCUGGUCAGUCAGUUGUCUCAAAGGCGGAACAUCUAAUAAUUUUGUGGUUCUGUCUUUUCACCCUGAUGAAGACUGGUUUACUGCUAGUGUUGCUCUCCGUGCUACAACCUUUCAGUCUCCUUUGGGACCAUACAAUAUCAUACCUAGGAACACCAGUGUAAAACUGCAGUGGAGAGCCCCCAUUGACAACAACACAAGGAGCUUCACAUUUGAACUGAGUGAGAUACCGUCAAAGGGCAAGUGGUUUCAGCCAAAAACAACCAAAUGUAAUAAUGGAUCCAGUAACAUCUGUGAACUGCUUGGACUUGAUCCAAACAAGAAUUACUAUGUACGUGUUAAAGUGACUUAUAAAACUGAUGCAGUUGGAUUUUCACCACCAAAAGAUUUCACAACAACUGCUGGCGUUCCCGGGAAGCCUGGAGCCCCCAGUCUCUGGAUGGAUGAGACGAUGAUAGGAUGGGAUAAGGCUGCAGACAAUGGAUGCAACAUCACCUAUUACAUACUGGAGAGCAGGAAAUUGCAAACAGAAAGUCUUUUACUGAACCAGAGUGUCGCCGUGACCUGGGAGGUUGUGCACAAUGACUCAUGCAGCUCCAAUUUUUGCACCUGGAAGGUCAAAAACCUCCUGGGGACAUUUCAGUUCCGAGCAGCAGCAGCAAAUUUAGUGGGACUUGGGGAGUACAGUGAUGUCAGCAGGAGUAUAAUGUUGAACGGUAAAGUCUGGUGGCUUCCUGUGACAGUGGUGAUUGCAGCGCUUAUUGUCCUGAUGGGUGUAUUUGUAAUCUAUUAAAGUCCUGUGACACUUCUUCUGUUAGGCUGGUAUCGAAGACGGAAAAUAAAGCUGUCCCGAUCUGACAGAUUGACGGUUUGCUUUAAGCCGGAUGCAGAACUCGCUGAAAUCAGAGGAUUGGCUUCAUCAGUUGGACUGGUUAAUGCCUGCUAUGCUAUAAGCUUCCUUCCAACUGAGAACGAAAGAAAUAGUUUGCCAGGGUUUCCACGGGAGAGGCUGAGGCUGUGCUACCUCUUGGGGAGUGGGGCGUUCGGUGAGGUCUAUGAGGGGAUUGCUGUUGACAUUUUGGGAAAAGGAAGUGGUGAAACCAAAGUAGCUGUGAAGACCCUGAAAAAUGUUGCUACAGACCAUGAAAAAGCUGAAUUCCUAAAGGAGGCACACUUGAUGAGCCAGUUUGAUCAUCCUCACAUCCUGAAGUUGCUUGGUGUCUGUCUGAUGAAUGAACCCCACUUCAUCAUUCUGGAGUUGAUGAAGGGAGGGGAUCUGCGCACCUACCUAAGAGAGGCCCGAGCAACCGAGAAGCGAGGGUCUUUGCUCAGUGAUUUAGACCUUCUUGAUGUAUGUGUCGAUGUCUCUAAGGGCUGUGCCUACUUGGAGAAAAUGCACUUUGUUCACAGGGACUUGGCAGCUAGAAACUGCUUGGUGUCUGUAAAAGAAUACGAUACUCCUGGAAGGUCAGUGAAGAUUGGGGACUUUGGAUUGGCAAGAGAUGUGUACAAAAAUGAUUACUACAGGAAAAGAGGGGAGGGGCUCCUUCCUGUCCGUUGGAUGGCACCUGAGAGUCUAAUUGAUGGGGUCUUCACCAAGUACUCUGAUGUGUGGUCCUUUGGGGUUCUACUGUGGGAGAUUGUAACUUUAGGAAAGCAGCCGUACCCAGCGUAUUCAAACCUUGAAGUUUUGCACUUAGUACGGUCUGGAGGGAGACUGCCGUCCCCUACCAACUGCCCAGAUGAUAUAUAUGAUUUGAUGCAAAAAUGCUGGCACAAAGAGCCCAACAUGAGACCAAGCUUUCGGUACAUUCAAGACCGCGUGGAACAGCUGAGGAAGUCGCCACUGAGCUGCAGCCACAGUUACGAUGACAGCAUCUUCCCCAAUGGGGUCAUAAAUCAUGCCUUCGAAGACACAGAAGAAGACCAUAUUGAAGUGGACAGAGAUGGUGUUCCAAUGGCAGGUUUAACUCCAACCCAGAACAAUGAAGGACUAAACUACCUGAUGUUUCAACCAGAUAACGCUGAAUCUGAAGAGAGGAACAAGCAGCAGUCUCUGUGUAUUGUUUCAACACCGGAUUCCCAAAUGAAAGCUUGUAAGGAACCUAAUGAAGAAACUUGUAACUGCUGUGAUGCAACCUCAGAGAACACAGUUCUAAACUAUGCCUCCAUUGCUGUGCCAAGUGAAGGAGAAUCCGUAUCAUGCUGACCUAGUAUUAAACAGGCCCAUCUCCUUUACCAGUCUUUUACACAGCAGGACUAGUCUAGAGACUGACUGACAUUUACAUUUUUUCUUUUCUAUUCAUCUACCCGUUUGACUGAAACAAGUAAGCGGUAAACUGUGAUGCUAAUUGUCUGCAAUGCAUUGCCGUAGCAACUACAAAAUAAUAUUGCAAAAGUCUACUGGAAGCCAUAAUAGUAGUAUUCGUGUUAGAUUUCGAAAUGUCACAUUUUUUCAGUUUUUGGUUAAGUAUAUGGAAAAACUACAAAGCGGUAUGUAGUUCAGUAUGUUAACGUAACAUUAUUCAGCAGGUUUCAUUUGACUUUUUAUGAAUCAAAAUUAGUUGUUUCUAUAGGGUGAAUCAAAACUGACAUAGCUGUAUACCCUAAUAUUAAACUCCUGAGAAGCAGUCAUAAAAUUGAAAUUACAUGCAACUACCGCACUAUAUGCUAUUAUUAACAACUGACAGUGUGCUUCUCUCCUUCUAUGCCUAUAUUUGUUACCAUGGAAACAGAGUACUGAAAAAAAAAUAUCCUUGUGUGAUAAUACAUUCUGACCCACAGAUUAUUGUAUUUGUCUAGAAAUAUUUGUUUUGCCAGAUAACAUAAAGUGAAAAAAAAGACAAUUUGAGAAUUUAUAAUCUUACAGUUCCCAGGGGAAAGUUUUCACUAAUCGUGUAUUGACAUUUAAAAAAAGAAUACUGUAUAAGUUUGCACUGUUUGCACAAUUCCAUAUAAAAUGUUUAUAUUAGUUGUGGUUGAUUGUGAAAUGAAAUGUGUGUACCACUAUGAAACUGUUGGCGACAAUAAAUUAUUAUUAAUUAACUUAAAUCCAAGAAAAAACCUUUUGAAAUAACCUUUUGCAGCCCAUUUUUAAGUUUUUAAUUAGCUAUACAUUCCUGAUGUUUAAUAUAGUGUGUAUAUUUAUGUUCUAUCAGAAGUGAAUU